GUCUCUCUCCCUUCCCUUGUUCCUAAACCCGCCUCUCUCUCCCUCUUUCACACACGCCUCUUCCUCUUCCUCUCUCUCUCGGCUUCCAUUUCCUCUUCUUCUAGCUAGCUUGCUUCGGUGCCCGGCGGAGUUGGGGCACGCGCGCGCGCGCGGAGAUGUCUGAGGCGUCGGUGGUAAACCAGGCGGAGGUGGAGGACGCGGCGGCGGCGGCGGCGGCCGGGCUGGACCUGCCGCCGGGGUUCCGGUUCCACCCCACGGACGAGGAGAUCAUCUCGCACUACCUCACCCCCAAGGCGCUCGACCACCGCUUCUGCUCCGGCGUCAUCGGCGAGGUCGACCUCAACAAGUGCGAGCCAUGGCAUCUCCCAGGCAAGGCCAAGAUGGGCGAGAAGGAGUGGUACUUCUUUUGCCACAAAGACCGCAAGUACCCGACGGGGACGAGGACGAACCGCGCCACCGAGAGCGGCUACUGGAAGGCCACCGGCAAGGACAAGGAGAUCUUCCGGGGGAGGGGCAUCCUCGUCGGAAUGAAGAAGACGCUCGUCUUCUACCUAGGCCGCGCCCCCCGCGGCGAGAAGACCGGCUGGGUCAUGCACGAGUUCCGCCUCGAGGGCAAGCUCACUCACCCGCUCCCGCGCUCCGCCAAGGACGAGUGGGCCGUGUCCAAGGUGUUCAACAAAGAGCUCACGGCCACCAACGGGGCAAUGGCAGCGGCGGAGGCCGGGAUCGAGCGAGUCAGCUCCUUGGGCUUCAUCACUGACUUCCUUGACUCUGGGGAGCUGCCGCCCCUCAUGGACCCUCCCUUGGGCGGCGACGUCGACGAAGUCAUCGAUUUCAAGUCCACCUCUGCCUACGCCACCGGUGCCCAUUCCGGACUCCAGGUUAAGAUGGAACAGCACAUGCCGCCGCACAUGAUGUACUCGAGCCCCUACUUCUCCCUGCCGGCCGCCAACUCCGGCGACAUGUCGCCGGCGAUCCGGAGGUACUGCAAGGCGGAGCAGGUCUCGGGGCAGACGUCUGCGCUCAGCCCGUCCCGCGAGACCGGGCUGAGCACCGACCCCAACGCCGCCGGUUGCGCGGAGAUCUCAUCGGCGGCGACACCGUCGUCUCAGAAUCAAGAGUUCCUUGACCAAUUCGACGAGUACCCCGCCCUGAACCUCGCCGACAUUUGGAAGUACUGAAGCCGGCCGGAGCUGCACCUACCACAUGAUUCUCGCUCGAUUGGUUCUGGCUCGUUGAUUAAUUACUCAGUUGGAUUACUUAACUUGGUGUGUGAUGCUCGUGUUAGUGGUUUGCUGAUGCAGCAUCAUCUUCUUUCCGGAGGACUCUCGGGUCGGAUCAGGUUACUAUCUAUCCAGACAGACCGACAGACCUCCAGGGAUUAGCUAGGCAUCCUUAAUCAUGUUAUUAAAUUAAUUAGUCCUAGGUUCAUAUCUUGAUCUGUGUGUACAUAUCACUACAACUAUAUUCUGAUUGUGAUUAAUUACUAGCAGUAGCAGCAUGAUGGUUAUACAAUUAAUGUGUGUAGAUUAGGGGGGACGACUUCAGAUCCAUUUGUGAAUCGAUUAAUUUGGGCGCCGUUGAUGAGCCAGCCAGCUAGCUCUACUACUAGUAGCUUUGUAUGUACAUGUACCACCAUUGAUCAUUAAUUGCUUGAGUUUGACAUGUCACUA